CGCAUACAAAAAAAACAUCUACGGUGAGCCACGAUAACUUGAUUACAUGGAAUCUCCAUCUACAGCUUCUAGAGUACAUUAAAGAAUAUCCAUCUUAACACUUAUCCCAGCUUCUCGGUAUUGUCAGUCUGAGUUAUGGGGUCGAAGUAGCUCAGAGACAUUUCAAUCAAUCACGUGAUUGGAUUUAUGGAUUUUAAUCUAUUGAGUUUGGCUGUUGGGAGAUGAGGCUUGGCGUAAAUAUUCAAUCAAUGCCUUUCUCGAUCAAACCGGACUUUAUAAGCUUCGUUGCGGGAGAAGAAAAACCUGGGAUCUGUCGUUGCCCCGAGAAACCACCGCAUCCAGGGAUGGAUGGGAUGUAAACAACUCUUGUCAUUGCGACGGCAGCAACAGCCAGGGUCGAUCACCUUCUUCUCCUCUCCAACUGCACCUUUUUCCAAGAUGUCAUCUUUUUGUUUUUAAGGAGCGGUAGUCUCUCUCAUUUCUUUGGCUUCUGCAGGAAUAACUCUUUUUGUGCUGCCGCUGGUCCAUGCUGGGCGGAUCAGGCCCAUCUUCUAUUCCAAACAAAGCCUGCUGGUAUUUGGCGGCUUUGUCCAGAACUGCUCACAAUGCCUGGACCUGUCUCAGAAGCCCCGAGCGUGUCUUUGUCCUUUGCGAAUAAUUUUUGGGGUAAAGAUGACGCAGGCGUUUCCCCAAUGCUAGAGCGCGUUCACAAUGCCAAAACUACGUGCGAUGAACUGAAAGCCUUCUACAGCACCCGCGCUGCCAUAGAGGAUGAAUACGCAAGAAAGCUCCUGAUAUUAUGCAGAAAAGCUCUCGGUUCUAGUGAGUCCGGGACGUUGCGCGCCUCACUUGAUACCGUUCGCGCAGAGACAGAAGCGAUUGGCAAGACACAUGCAGCUAUUGCUUCUCAGAUGAAAAGUGAGUUAGAAGAACCAUUAGCUGCUUUUGCUGGUGGUAUGAAAGAACGCCGUAAGAUUGUACAGAAUGGCAUUGAAAAGCUUCUCAAAACCAAAAUACAGCAAAUGCAUGCUGUCAACAAGUCACGAGACCGCUAUGAACAAGACUGUCUCCGGAUCAAAGGUUACUUGGCCCAAGGACACAUGGUCAUGGGACAGGAAGAACGCAAGAACAAGGCAAAACUGGAGAAGACGCAGAUACAACUAGCUUCCAAUAGCAGCGAGUACGAAGCUGCUAUAAAAGUACUCGAGGAAACAACCGGCCGCUGGAAUAAAGAGUGGAAGGCUGCUUGCGAUAAAUUUCAAGAUUUGGAAGAAGAAAGGCUAGAUUUUACUAAGAGUAGUCUAUGGAAUUAUGCAAAUAUUGCUUCGACUGCGUGCGUUAGCGACGAUGCUUCCUGUGAAAGAAUCCGGGUAUCUCUUGAGAGUUGUGAGGUAGAAAAGGAUAUCAGCACAUUCAUAAUGGAGAGGGGGACAGGACAGGAAAUCCCUGAUCCGCCCAAGUAUAUUAAUUUUUGCCGCGGAGACCUUAACGAUACCUCCUCAGAAACAUCCGAAGAAGAGAGCUAUUCGGUUGCACAGUUCCAGCGAACCAUUAAUCCAGCAUACAGAAGCUCUUCACCCGCACCUUCUAGUCAUGAAUCUCAUCAUGAACCCCAGGCAAACCUCGUGACAAGGCAAGUGGCACAUCCUGAUCCGUCCACACCGGCAAGCAGAGAAUCUACUGUGACCCCACAGCGAACACAGAAGCUACAGAGCUCACAGCAGCAGCAGCAGCAACAACAACAACAACAACAACAACAACAACAACAACAACAACAACAACAACAACAACAACAACAACAACAACAACAACAACAACAACAACAACAACAACAACAACAACAACAAUUACAACAACAGCAGCCGCCUCCUCCUCUUGAUCUCCGACGUGGAGGACAAGUUCCACCUAAUUAUCAGCCCAACCACCAUGGUGAUAUCCCAAACGUGCCUCACAAUGAGUAUCCUACCGACGGAAUGACAAUGUUCUGCAGAACCGGGCCACCUUCUGAAAGAAGCAGUGGAACCAGUGCCAAUCGGCCAUCUAGCAGAGACUCUCAUAGUGACAUCUCCAACCCAACUUCGUUCUCCAGUAUGGAGCCACCCAGUGCCAAACAAUCCCCUAAGAAACCAGUUAACGGCACUGCUCUUCCCGGGAUGGUUGCUAGUAAACAAGUCCAGAAAAAGAGGAGUGGAUUUUUCAGCAACAGUCCUUUCCGGAGAAAGAGUAAGCAUGAUAAGGAGCGUCAAGUUACGGCUCCUACGAACCGUAGCACUUGGUCUGCACCACCGCAAAAACAAACAAGCCCGAUUAGGCCAAAAUAUGAAAAGCCAAAAUAUGAUGUUGGUCGCCCUUCAGGAACCCCUGAACCCGUUGACCCAAGAGCCAAUUUCCAGCUAAACAUUGGCAAUAAUGUUUUCGACGUUGCUUCGCCAGAUGGCGCUCCUCCUGCGGCCACAAAUGCAACUAAAGACGGAGAUGACCUGGACCCCAUAGCCCAAGCCCUUGCCGAUCUCAAAGGAGUGGGGAAACAGUCAUCAGUUCGCGUCUCAGCUGAUCGGUAUCAUGGAAUUACGACACCGGUCCCUCCAAGUGUCGCCUCUAGCAGCAUAGUAGAUGGGAAUAUCGCUGCUGCCCAGCGUGGCACUCCGCCUCCAGCAUACAAUGAUCAAUCAGUGAAGCGACUUGGUGCUCCCCAGCCAGCAUUUACCUCAGCCCAGAUGCAGAAAACUACCCGUAAAUAUGUUGGACAAACGCAGGAGAUGUUCAACAACAACUCUACCCGGACGAACCAGGCUGAAAAUAGAGUCAAUCAGGCAAUUCCCCGAGCUAUAUCCCCUGCACCACGAAGAAGCCUAAGCCCCCAGCCUCCCCCGUCCCGUGGAGGGGAGCCGCGCCAGCAGUACGACAGCCGAAACAAUCCUAGCCCUUCCUCUUACCACUCUCACUCAGGCAGCAUGGGCAGCAGAUAUCGCCAAUCUCCAACCGUAACCCCGACAAAAGUAAUUGCUAGUCAUUCAUAUUCGCCGCAGCAGUACUCUCGUCAUGGGUCCCCAAAUGACGUUCAAGUACAACGCGCCGUUUCGCCUCAACCACAGUUUAGACGGCAGGAACGGCCAUCUAGUGCGAGCGGAAUGGAACUUCAGCUGUCACAUAGUCAAGUUGACCCGUAUGGCGGCGGGCAUACCCAUGAUUAUGGAAACCACGCUACUCGGGGCAACUCACGGCCAAUGUCAAUGUACUAUGGCUCCGCACCGGACGUUAGCCAAGGCAGUCGUGCCAGAAGCAGGAGUGUCGCAACUACAGAUGGUAAUCAGCAGCUCAGUGUGGAUGUGCGUCCGGUGUUACAUUAUGCGCGUGCAAUGUACAGUUAUACCGCUGCUAUCCCUGAGGAGCUCGGCUUCACCAAGGGGGAUAUACUCGCGGUCCUCAGACACCAAGACGAUGGAUGGUGGGAAGCAGAAGUAACCGGGCCCCAGCGAACCCACCCUGGCCUAGUCCCGAGCAAUUAUCUCCAGCACUGCUAAAAUAAAUAAAUAAAUAACUAAUAAUUUUUUAAAACGAACCGCUCACCACGAUUUAAAUGUCAACGACGACGUACCCCUCACCGAUUGAUUUUGGUGCCCUCUUGCUAAUUCGAUCUACCAGCCCAAAACACCUACGCCCGCGCAGACGCUUACGCCCGGUUUCUUUGAUAGAUCUGGGCUGCGAUGGUUGUUGUAGAGCGUCAUUUUUCAAUUCAUAAAGAAUAUCCCUGUGAUAAUUCAUAAACCAGUGAUAUUUAUAAAUCCAAUUUGCGUUUUUUUUUUCCUCUUGAAACUGUGCACACCUCCCUCAUUUCUUUUGUUUUAGCAAUGUGUUCCAGAAUGGCCUCUUUGAUCUUGUUGGUUGCUUUUCUUCUAUUUACCCUUUAUUUCGAUUUCGAUAUGUUUUGUUUUGAUUAUAUUUGAUUCAAGCAGGCCAAUGUGCUUUUGACUCUGACUUCGUUUCCCGUUACUCCCCUUGCUGACCAUGCACCCUUUUUUCCCCUUCAGCGUUAUUUAUAUAUCUUGGACGAGUAGCUUAAUUGAAAUCCGAAUGAAGCUUAUGACAUUUAAUUAUCAAGCCGUUAAUGUGAAGCUAGGGAAUAAUAUAUGAUCCACGUACGUAGAUUCUCACCAAAUAAAUGAAGUUGAUUGCUGCUGCUCCAUCGACAAGGAGGCUUGCAUCGGAAGUGGUAAGCAGUAAUGAGAAUCUAACAAAUAGAGCGCAUAUAAAUGAAGAAGCCAGCCAGAUAUGCAUGAAAGGAGC